AGAGUACAAAUAGUUUUGUUUUCUGUCCCUGAGCAAUUAGUUUUAAUUAAAAUGCGAGUGUGUUUAUUAAAAUAAAAGAAGAAAAAAGCAUUAGCAGCUACAAAAUGCGCGCAAUGUAAUUAGAAUUAAUGAAAAAAAUUUAAGGUUUUUUUUAUGUCAAACAAGAGGUGGAACAAAAUAGAAAUUACCAAGUAAAACGUGAUAUUUUAGUGAAAAAUUCCAGAAAAUUUUGUUGCUGCCGUUUUGUUAACAUUAUUUAAUACUAGAAGUGUUUUUGAUAGUGUUUAUAGAAAAUCAGCUGUUUUUAACUUAAAAAAAUCAUAAAGUGAUUCAACAAACUCUUUUUUAAAGAGAAUGAAAUACCUAGAUUUUGUUGUUAGUUUUCGUCGUCAUUAAAUAAAAUAGUGCUUUUUUUAUUUGAGUGUUAAAAUUAAUUUUAGUUCUCUAGUGUGUAAAUUUUGAGCGUAAUUUUCUAUUUACGCUAAAGGAAAACAAGAAUUGUCUAAUACAAUGAGUAAUCCCUUUGAAACACCACCGACAACAGCCGCAACAGCAUCAGUCUUAGAUGCUGCAAAUGAAAAAGAGUUAAAUUCGCAAAAGGCCUACAACUCCCAAAGACCAACAACAGAGUGGGAAAUACACGACGACAAGUAUGAUGACGACUACUCCAAAGCUCAACAAGCAAAUCAAAUUACACUCCAACAAAUUAAGAAUGAACAGCAACGAGGAAUAACAAAAGCAACAGGAGUAAAUAAGAAAAUCCACCAAGAUGAUGGUGAUGACGAUGAUGAAGUAAGAGAAGAUGCUUUGGAAUCAAAUGAAAAUGAACACCUGCUUGGCGGUCAAGAGCAACAGCAGGUAACACAAAAGAGUGCAACAGAAACAGCAGCACGUUUUAAUUUCAAACAAACAUCAACAGCAACUUCAGAUGGGGGCAGUAGUGGUAAAUACAACAGAUAUCGUGAAAAUGAAGAAGCUGAUAACCCCAACAAGCAUCCUGUGGAUCCUUCAGGCAGUAGCCAAAGCUUUAUUAUUCCGAAUGCUUCUAACAGCAGUAGUGGCGUAGCAGAAGACAUAGAUUUGAAAACACAUUGCAAAUUAGAAUUGCACAAAUUCCCCAAGGAGAUGACGCAAUCUCAAAACAACAUUAAUGAACAAAACGGUUCAACUAUAAUUCUAACUCCAGCACUAUUAACUCCAACCACAGACGGUCAGCAUGGCACAAAUCUUGGUGGAGCUGGAGGAGAUGGUGGUGGUGGAGGUGGUGCUACAAAUAUUACCGCAUUCCAUGAUGAUGUUUAUAAGGGACCAAAAAUCUGGCAAUAUUUAGUUAAACACUAUCACGUAACAUCGCAACCUCUAGCCAUAUUGAUCACCUUUAUAGCACUAUGGAUUCUAGGAUAUGUACUUAUGCCCAACUAUGCCGUGCCAAAUACAGCCAUCAUGCGAUUGAUACUUUUGAUUGUGGGUGCCCAAGUGACGGGCAUAUUAGUGACCUUUGUUAAAAUGCCCGAUAUGUUGGGUAUGCUGUUCUUUGGCGUACUCUAUACAAAUCUAGGAUGGGCCGAUUUUAGUGGCUACCAAAGACUAGAGGCUUUCUUAAGAGAAAUGGCCUUAAUUAACAUAAUGUUAUUGGCUGGCUUGGGUUUGGAUGCUAAUGCUUUUAAGAAAUUAUGGUUUAUGAUUUUACGUUUAACGCUAAUACCCACCAUAGCUGAAGUGGCCAUAAUAACAGUUCUAGCUCAUUUCCUGUUAAAUAUGUCCUGGUUAUGGGGCAUUCUGCUGGGUCUUGUGAUUACCGCCGUCUCUCCGAAUGUUGUUGUUACCGUGAUGCUAAAAUUGAAAGAAGAACGUUUGGGCCUUAACAGUGGCAUUCACACACUCAUCUAUGCCAUGACCACUUGCAAUGAUGUAGUGGCCAUAUUUUUAUUUGGCGUAUUUUGUGGAGUCAUAUUCUCAACGGGUUCGUUAACGGAGCAAAUUCUACAGGGACCCAUUGGCAUUGGUAUUGGCAUAGUAUUUGGCUAUGUAUAUGGUCUUAUGUUACAACUUGUACCCUCGCGUAAUGCGAACUACGUAAAUGGUUUACGUUUCGUUUUGACCGUCUUGGGCGGUACCAUUGCCGUAAUGGGCAGUAAAGCUAUCGGUUAUCCAUCGGCUGGUGCCUUGGGCUGUGUAACAGUUGCUUUCAUAGCUGGCAUUGGUUGGAAGCGUCAAGAGAAAAAACUGACACCACAACAACUGCAAGCAUAUGAAAAUGCUAAUGUAGGCAAACGUCUUGAUUUGUUGUGGAAAUUUUUGAAACCUGUGUCUUUUGCACUCAUUGGCAAGGAAAUUAAUUUCGCCGUUUUGGAUGGCAAAGUUGUGGGUUAUGGAGCAUUGCUGGUGGUGCUAGGAAGUGUGUUUCGUUUGGCUUUUGCUUAUUUAUCAACCUAUGGCGGAAAUCUGACGAGAAAAGAACGUGGCUAUAUUACAAUUUCCAGUUUUCCCAAGGCAACUGUACAAGCCGCCUUAGGUCCCAUUGCUUUAGAUUUGGCUCGUUCCUUGAAUGCUGAUGCAGAGAACUUAUCGUUGGCCAGUAACGUUCUAAUCAUAUCCGUUUUGGCCAUUAUAUUCACUGCACCAUUGGGUGCUAUUUUAAUGUUACGUUUAGCACCAAUUUGGCUAAAACACAGUCCCACAAACGACUCUAAUGUGGCUGAUGACAAUCGAAGAGGAAAUAUAGAUAUGGCUGACUACCACAAUGGCAGCACAAACAACCCCAAUUUUAUAGAGUCAGCGGGUGAUGAUAAUUUAGACCGCAAUCAAAAGUCAGUUUAAUACCAAUAAUAAUAGAAAUAAUAGCAAGGAAAAUACAAGACAAGUCAUUUGAAACAGCAACAACGAAAAGUUAAGCAGGAUAUAAGAAAAAUUAAGGAGUCUUAGUCGUUUUAAAGUUCAAGUUAGCAUAAUAACAAAAAAAUAAAAAAUGAAAAUAAAACAAGUGUUUAAAGACAAACAAAUAAUUUAGGCUAAUCACAGUUAUUGCCGAGAUGUAAAAAAUGUAACUAUAUUAAUAAUAAAGACGAAUACUUUAAAACUCAAAUGAUUAUAACGAUUAAAAAUUUCUGCUAAAUACAACAAAUGCUUUUAUAAAUCGAAAACUGUGACUAGCCCUAAUACUUUUUUCCUAAUCAUA